AUGGCCCCACAGGUCUACAAAAAGCCUCCACAGGCCCCUCCGCUAUUCACUGGUACUGCUGAAUCCGUUCUCAAGGACAUGAAAGACAUUAUACAUAACAGUAGAAAGCAGCUCGAUCGAUGGGCCAAUGAAAUUAACGAGGAGGAUGCGACGUUUGAGAAUAUUAUGAGAGACGGCUCAUUGCAGGAUAACGAAGAUAGCCUGACAAUGGAAAUUCUGCUUUUCUAUCAGGCCGUAUCGGAAGAUCAAAGUCUAAGAGAUGCUUCGACUGAGGCUCAAAAGAUCCAUAAUGACUUCCAGGUCGAGGCCACCAUGCGUGAAGAUAUAUUUCGUUUGAUAAGAGCCGUAUACGAGAAGAAAGAACAACUUGAUCCUGAGGAUACGAAGCUGAUAGAAGAGUCAUACAAGGGCUACAUUAGACAAGGGAUGGGCCUCCCGGCUGGGGCAAAACGGGAUCGUUUCAAGGAAAUCCAACUAAAGCUUGGGAAUCUGACAACAGACUUUGACAGAAAUCUGGCGGAGGAGAAAGGGGGUGUAUGGUUUACACCCGAAGAGCUGAAAGGCGUUCCGCAAGACGUAGUCGGAUCCUGGGACAAGGGAACCGGCGAGAAUGAAGGAAAGCUUAAGAUGGACUUUGCAUACCCAAGUUAUUUCCCAACCGUCAAGUAUGCCCAAAACGCAGAGACGCGUCACCGAGCAUAUGUUGGUAACAGCAACAAGAUGCCGAACAAUGAGGGUAUCUUUCUGCAGGUCGUUUCACUUCGAGAUGAAGCUGCAAGAUUAUUAGGAUAUCCCAAUCACGCUACCCUGAAGAUCGAGAAUAAGAUGGCAAAGAAACCGAAGAUCGUCAAUGACUUUCUUGGAGACUUGAGGGGAAAGCUUACAGAAGGGGGCGCAUCGGAGAAGGAAGCUCUCAUGAAAAUGAAAAAGAGCGAUGUUGAAUCCAAGGGCAAGGCUUUUGAUGACCAUUACUUCCUCUGGGAUCAUCCAUACUACAACCGCAUCAUGCUCGAAAAAGACUACUCUGUGGACCACGAACAAUUGUCAGAGUACUUUCCCUUGAGCACCUGCUUGCCAAAAAUGCUUCAAAUUUUCGAAAAACUGCUUGGUCUGGCCUUCGUUGAAGUCGUUGGCAAGGAAAGGGACGAACUUUCCCCAGAUGGCAAUGGCGAUCAUAUUCUCUGGCAUAAAGAUUGUCACCUCUUCAGCGUGUGGGAUAGCGAAGAUCAAGGUAGUGGCUUUGUUGGAUAUUUAUAUCUUGAUCUCCACCCUCGACCCGACAAAUACAAGCAUGCCGCAAACUUCAACCUUCAGCCCGGCUUCAUUGGCCGAGACGGCCAGAGGCGUUAUCCCGCGACUGCCCUCGUCUGCAAUUUCACUCCAUCAACUAAAACCAAGCCCAGCUUACUUAAGCAUGAUGAGGUUGUCACACUGUUUCAUGAGCUCGGUCACGGUAUCCAUGACCUUGUCGGCCGUACUAAGUGGUCCCGCUUUCAUGGCACAAAUGUCGUGCGCGACUUUGUUGAAGCACCAUCGCAAAUGCUGGAAAAUUGGUGCUGGACGCCGGGGCAGCUCAAGUACCUCAGUCAUCAUUACAGCUACAUUUCCCCAGAAUACAAACAAGCAUGGAAAGAAAGUGCGGGAAAGGACGCAGAGCAACCUGAGGAAACAUUACCAGACGACCUGGUCGACAAAUUGGUAAAAAGUAAGCAUGUCAACGAUGCGCUUUUCAAUCUUCGACAAUUGCAUUUUGGGAUCUUUGACAUGACAAUCUAUCAGCCGGAAAGCCAUAUUCAGGUCGAGCAGUGGAAGUAUGCGGAGCUGUAUAAUAAGCUGGGAUGGGAAAUUCAGCAUAUAGAUUCGCCGGCCCAGCUAGGCGAGGGUUGGGAUUGGGGCCACGGUCACACUACUUUCGCCCACAUAAUCUCUGGCUAUGACGCUGGAUACUAUGGGUACUUGUACAGUCAAGUCUACAGCGCGGAUAUGUUCCAUAGUGUGUUUGCGAAGGAUCCAAUGAAUCCAGAGGAGGGCAGGAGAUAUAGGCGGACUGUGCUGGAGAAGGGCGGGAGUCGGGAUGCGGUGGACUUGUUAAGGGAUUUCUUGGGUAGGGAGCCGAGUACUGAAGCUUUUUACAAAGAAUUGGGAUGGAUGGAUGGAAUCAUAGAGCUGGAAUGCGAGAUUCACAUUUGUCGUGGCUACGUAGAUAGCUCGUUGGUGACGGAGAGGCUAGAUGAGACAUGA